AUGCCGACGCCACGUGCAAUCAAUCCCAUUAUACCGGGCUUCGCUCCGGAUCCUUCCAUUGUCAGUGUCUCCGGCUGGCACUUUCUCGUCACAUCCUCUUUUCACUUGUUUCCGGGGCUCCCAAUUUACGCCUCUGAUGAUCUUUUGUCAUGGAGGUACAUCGGCAAUGCAAUUAAUAGACAAACCCAGUUAAGUCUCGCCAAGUCAUCAACGAGACUCUCUGCCCCAAGUCCAUCGACAGGAGGCAAGAUUCUUCCAGCCACCGCUGGGUUGUACGCUCCGACAAUUAGACACCACGAUGGAAACUUUUACAUUGUGUGCACCAACGCCGUCUUCCAGAAGGAGACUGGAGUGGUGGAUAAGCACAACUUCGUUAUCUCUACUACAGACAUUUGGAGGAGCACCUGGAGCGACCCCGUCUACUUUGACUUCGUCGGCAUCGAUCCAGACCUCUUUUUUGAAGACGGCACGACAUACAUCACCGGAUCCGCAACCCCUGGGCCUUGGACGCGCAUCACCUGCUUCGAAAUUGAUAUCCAAACCGGCAGGGCCUUGUCAGAGGAGCGAACCAUCUGGAGAGGUACUGGAGGCGUUUAUCCCGAAGGUCCGCACAUUUACAAACGGAAUGGGUGGUACUAUCUGCUCAUUGCUGAAGAUGGUACUCACGUUACACACAUGAUCACCAUGGCUCGGUCAAGAAGCAUCUGGGGCCCCUACGAGCCGUGUCCUCACAAUCCUGUCCUUACUGCACGAGAUACCGAUGAGUAUAUCCAACACACUGGCCACGGUGACCUGUUUCAAGACUAUGAUGGCAUGUGGUGGGCUGUGUGUCUAGGCGUCCGAAAAGACAUGCAGGGGAGGUAUGCCAUGAGUCGGGAAACAUUCCUGACACCUGCUGGAUGGGAGGGUGAAUGGCCAACCUUGGCGACCGUCAAGUUAAGCCCCAAUGCUGCGAAUCGCAACGAUGAAAGCUCUUCACUCUCUGUGGAACCAGGCGUGGACUAUGUCUACAUCCGAGAUGCUCUUUUCGGUCACUACAACUUCGAUGCACGUAGCUCCAGUAUCACACUAACAGCGACCUCUGUAGAUCUCUCUGACCCUGGAGCCUCUCCUUCGUUUGUUGGAAAGAGGCAGAGAUUGUUGCAAGGAUCAAGCGGCGUUGUGGUUGCCAAUAUUUCCGACGCCUGGGCAUCUGGUAACCUCAAAGGCGGCCUGGCUUACUACAAGGAUGAACAUCGACACUUUCGCAUAUUUUUCGAUUCCUCCGGUACCUCUAUGGUUUUUGAAGAGAGGAAUGAGGCUCAGGAAGUUUCCAAGACAACCCGACACACCUUGGAAAGAGUUCCUGAGAAUGUCUCGUUGUUGAUGAAGUACACGGAGCAAGAAUUUCACCUGCUGUACGCUCUCAACUCCGAACCAGAAAGGACUUGGAUAAGACUCGCCAUUGUUGAUACGUUGGAUAUGACAGAUCCAGACUUUGUUGGGCCGGUCAUUGGGAUUUUUACAGUUGCUGAUACAGAGGGACUCGAGGUCGUGUUUCGAGAUUUUCACUGUGAUUGA